CUGGAACUUAUCUGUUGGCCUGUUGUCUUUGCCUGUAGAUGAGAUUAAUGUCAGUUCCACUGUUUCAUCUGUAAAAUUCACAAGAAGGAGAUGAAGGGGGAGUCAGGAGGGAGUUGUCCGAUGGAACGCCUGCACUGUGGAGCAGUCUGCAGCUACGCAUGUAUUCCCACCGGGGACAGUGUGAAAGACUGGAAGAAUGGAGCAGAGCAGAAAGAGCUGAAGGAGUAUAUCAGUUUAUACAUGCACACAGUACUGGUACUGGUCCAGUCACAGCCUGCAGCCUCUGCCACCCAACUGCAGCCAACCAUCAGCCAGGUUCUUCAUCAAAUCCCACCUGCUCCAUCCAGCACCAGCCUUCAUUUACGGCCUCAGCCUACAAUGUUUGGCAGCCAGCUUCAGCUUCCAUCUGCAGCUACUGCCUUACCUCAGUACCAGUGCAAGUACAGCUACAUCUCACAGCUUCAGCCUCCAUCAGCCAGUCUCUUCCCCAGAUGCAGCCUGCUCCUCCCAGCCCCAGACUCCACCAAGCUGAACUGCAUCCACAGACACUGCCCACAACCUUUGGCAUUCAGACUCAGCUUCCCCCCACAGUUACUGCCUUACCUCAGCACCAUUCUCUGCAGCUAUUGCCAGUCAACAGGAGCCCCAGUGUCCAACUGCAGCUUCUGGCAUCCGGCCAUUUACUUCUGCCAUCCAGCCUCUGCCUGCCCCUGCAGCUCCAGCCACAGCCUUCAUCUAAAAAGCAUCUGACAGUCAACGUCAUCCUCAGCCACUGCCUACAAUCCUCAGCUUCCACCUGCAGCUACUGCCUGUGAUUUGCAGUCUCAGUCUUUGCCUGCAGCUCCUGAAAGCCAAUUAAAGCCUGAAAUCUUCAGUCUGACUUGUUAGAGCAACUAGUCUCAGCCCCAACCUCCACAUGCAGCCUCAGAAUUCAAAAACCAACAUCCCCGUGUA